GUUGCCUUCCUUUGCCCCGCGGGGCCGGCCCCCACCCGGGUGCGGGUAUUCCUGCCUUUCGGAAGGGCAGGCCGCCCCUUUUCUCUAACCCCGCUCGCCUUUCAUGCGCAUCGCGGGCUCCCACUCCCGCCGCGGUGGGUGGGCCGCUGCGCAUGGCUGGCCCGUCCCUUCGCGUAAGUAGGGUCUCUUAUGCCGCGGCCACUUUCCCGUGGGUGUCCAGCAAAAUGCACAUAGUAGCUCGCCCACCUUGGGGGGUACUCGCAAAGUGCAAACCGGCCAGAAGGCUCGUCGCCCCCCCUCCAUCGAGGUGGGCCAGGGGGCGUCGGGCGUGAGGCUCUAGUGGUCGCCGGCGCCCAGGGACAAACCCGCUUGGGGUACGCGUAUCGCCUCCUGCCCCUUCCCCGCGAGGAAUGCAACCUUCCUAGUAGGAAAUCGGGCCCAUCGCUUUCUUGUCUACUCCAUACCUCUCCGGCGGUCGCGGAGCGACCGCCCGUGCUAGAUACAACUUCUGAGAACGAGUCGCAGAUGAAUCAUGAAACCGUGGUUCUUCCAUAAGAAGGCACAGAUUGUCAAGGGUGCAGAGCUCAAAAGUCGCUCAUUUUCGUUUCGCACGUCGCUCACGGGUGCUUUUGGAAAAAUGCAGAGGCGGUUUCGACAGCUCCAGACCCCGACUUUGAGGAAGCGCACUUGUUCUCCGGACGAGUUUGACAUGAUUCCGAACGCGUAGCGGUGCAAAUUGGCGUCGUCUCCCGCAGGUAUUUUGGUCUUUGAAAAUUAAGACGCGUGUAUGGGUUUUCGAAUAGUGGGUCUGCGGCUUUUCGAAUAAUGGAAGUAGAGACUCCUUGCUCCCACAUCGGCACUUUUACGGUUCUGCAAGGAUAGGUCUAAGAAAGAUACAGGAGGUAAGUGCCACAAUUGUAUGUAGUGAGGUCACGAACGUUCUAAUCUAGCGAUCUUUUUGACAUGUCUCAUGCAAAACGACCGGCAGUUUUCAAGCGGCCGGAAGGCUUUUUUGACAUAAAAAAUUUCCAAUUAUCAAGCGGCCGGGGCUUUGAUAUCAAACAAGCCCGGUCGAAAACUAUCGAUUCGCACUGGAUAAAACGACGCAGGGGAGCCGGCAAAAGGGG